GUCUGCUGAUGUGCUCACGUGCCUGUCAAGUACAACGGCAAACAGAGAGAUGCAUCUAUAUAUACAUGUACACAUAAGUACAUUUGAUGUUCUGUGCUGUCAUACUUGUCUCACAGGUAUGCUGCUAACAUCAAACCCCCAUCCUGAGCAUCAAUAUAGAUUCCCUUCCCACAUACUCUAAUUACUUAUAGAAACAUACAUAUCCACACUGUGUCUUAACAGUCGAGCGGUCCAUCCAGGCAUCACCUUGGAUAACACGGAAUACACCAUCCGUGCCGUUUACAUCCUCUUCGUCAACACCAUGCAGCUCUCUCUACACAUGCCGCGGUGCCAAAAACAGUAACUCGCCACGACCGAGACGGGCAUGCAUGUCUGUCGCCAUCCCGAGCGGCGCAACUGAGCCGGCCAGUAAAGCAGCAUCCAGAGCCUCGAACUUGCUCGCCACCCUGCGUCUCGCUAUAGUCACGACACGACCUUGCAGCAUCUGGUACACGGUCUGGCUACUUAAGGGUCUGGCUAUUUCAGGGUCUGGCUACUUUGGGGUCUGGCUACUCCAUGGUCUGGCUACUAUAUGGGUGGUUUACUUGCGGCUGGAUGCACGCUGCAGCUGCUCGUUGCGCCAUGAGGUGCAGAUGCAGGCUGCGCCAAGCGCUGUGUUUGUUGCGAGCAGCGCCGUGCAGCGGGCGUUGGUUCUUGCUGCAGGUGAGCCGGGCUGCAUGUGGGUAUACUGCACUUCUGGGGUUGGGACUUGCUUUUGGUGGACACGUGGGAGUGCGAUGCAGGCUGGGAUUCCGCUUGUCGGCUGGUGGGUGGACCCAGGUGGCCGGGGGACUCUAAGGUUGCUGGUCUCUGCAGGUGUCCCUGUUGCAGAGGCUCGUGUUCAGACCGGCCGCCGAAUCUAUUAUGCAGGGAUGGAAGGCUACGCAAGUAAUCGAUCUUGCUCGUCGGGUUGCUGUCAGAUCCCUUGGAGAUGUGCACGCAUUGACAAGUGGCCGAUCGUCAGCGUCUAUCCGCCCGAUCCUGCCCAGGGCUACCAUCUCACCGCACUUUAA